AUGUCCUCAGACACAGUACUCUUGGAAUCUUGCCACGACAAGACCCUCAUUGAAGCACGCAUCACAUACACCUCUCACAACACGAACAAUGGAGACAUUGUACCAGCCAUUGUACUAGCACAUCCUUAUGGUCCUCUUGGGGGCAACAAUCGCAACAAUGUUAUAAUGGCACUCCAUGAGUAUUUCGUGACCAAGGGGUUUAUUACAGCAAGCAUCAAUUUUAGGCAAGUAUGCUAUAAGGAGGCAAGGAUGCUGUGGG